UGUUUUGAGAAUGUUUCUCUUUUAUUUGUUUAUGAAUAAAAACUUUAAUUUGUCUGAAUUUUUAAAAUCUAUUAUUAGAAUGUAACUUGUAUACGUAUGUAGUUAACAAAUAAUUAUGUAAAUAAGAUACUGCCUUGUGAGUAUUGAGAUUUGGCAGUACAGCCUCAUAAGAACAGUAGCGCAUUAUAAUUUAGUUCGACAAGUUGUUAGAAACAUGAGUACGAAGAAGAUUGCCGUCUGUCAGAUGACGUCCGUAGGAGACAAGGCAGCUAAUAUGGAAGUAGUCAGCAAUUUAAUCAGCCAAGCUGCGAAGGAAGAUGUUCAGAUGAUAUUCUUCCCUGAAGCCUGUGAUUACCUCUGUGAUAACAAGAAUGAUACUUUAAGCUUCGCUGAACCAAUCAUAGGUGGCGCCACCGUCGGAAAGUACAAGGAAUUGGCGGUCAAGCACAAUGUCUGGUUGUCUAUGGGUGGGAUUCAUGAAAAGGAUGAAGAGCUACCCUCGAAAGUUUGCAACACUCACAUAAUAAUAGACAAUAAAGGUACCAUAGUGCAAGCGUAUAGGAAGCUACAUUUGUUUGAUGUGGAGAUACCUGAACGCAAUGUGAGAUUAAAAGAGAGUGACUUCUGUGAACCGGGCAACCAUAUCGUGGCACCCGUCGAUACGCCUAUAGGAAAAGUAGGUUUAGGUAUAUGUUAUGACAUGCGGUUUCCGGAACUCAGUACUUCGCUGAGUAUAAUGAAAGCUGAAGUAUUAACAUUUCCUUCAGCAUUCACACAACUCACGGGAGCGGCACAUUGGCAUGUAUUACUCAGAGCGAGAGCUAUAGAGAAUCAAUGUUACGUGAUAGCGGCGGCUCAAGCGGGGGAUCAUAAUGCGAAACGCAAGUCCUACGGCCACGCAGUUUGUAUAGACCCGUGGGGCGAAGUCCUAGCGGACUGUGGAGUCGAUUCCCCGACGUUUAAAGUGGUGGAGAUCGACCAGGCGAAGUUGCAAGAGGUUAGACGGAAUAUGCCCGUGUUUCAGCAUCGGAGACCAAAAGUAUACUCCCUGUACUCCCUGAGCCUCCGCAAGGACCUCCUGCCCUGUCACUCCUGCAAAUCCCCUCCCCCCUCAAGUACACCCACAACAACACAAAUUGCAGCGCUACCAAACGAACCAUGCUAUGACUUUGGACACGUCAAAGUGCCUGAAAGCUGCGUGUUCUUUAAAUCUAAGCUAACUUAUGCUUUUGUUAAUUUGAGAUGUGUUCUCCCCGGCCACGUGCUGGUGGCUCCAAUCAGAAUGGCUGAGAGGAACCACGAUAUGACGGAGGAGGAGGCUCAGGACUUCUACAAGACUGUACGAAUUGUGCAACGGUUGAUGGAAAAGGUUCACGAGGCUGACUCAUGCACGGUGACCAUACAAGACGGGAUGAAUGCCGGGCAAACUGUCAAGCACCUCCACUGCCACAUAAUGCCGCGGAAGAAAGGGGACUUUAUAGACAACGAUCUAAUCUACUUGGAGCUAGCUAAACACGACCAGUUCAAAGCCGGUCACCCAUCGAAGCCACCAAGGACGAGAGAGGAAAUGACAUCAGAAGCUGCAUUUUUAAGGGAAGAAUUAAAAAAAAUGCACUCACAGGAGACUACUAGCGUUUAAGUGUAUUUUUUAUAAAAAAAAAAAACUAAUAUAAAAAUCAACAAGAGUCUUAGCAAUUGGCGGUGUAUUGUCUCUGCCUACCCCCAUGGGAGACAGGCGUGAAGUUAUGUAUGUAUGUAUAAAUAUCAGCUAGUUUUAACUAGAUAACUCGACUAGUUUCAAGCUACGCUCGGGGCCCAUAACCUCAGGUUCCCGAAACUAUUUGAGUUACCUCGUCCAACAGUUACGUGAGUAAGCCGUAAAAAAAUAUUAAUUUAAUAUGUCUCACGAUAGUUAUAAUACAAAAAUAAUAUAUUAUGUAAUGCGAAGUAAAAAAAAAUGUACACAUUUUUAAAUAUUAGGGAUGAUGACGGGGUAUGAAAAUUAAAAAUCUAUUUAGUCCGUCAGUUAGGUAAUGAUAAAAUAUUUGAGACGUACUUUUUUAUUUUGUCAUAUAAGAUAACAAUACUUAGAUAAAACGAAUAUUAAAGUUUAGGAGUGGGAGCAAAUACGUAAUUUCUACGUAUAAAAUGUACUCAGAAGUGACGUCACGCGAUAUUUCAAAUAUUCUCUUCGAAAGUAUUUGUAAUCUACCCUAUUCGGUUAAAUGCCGCCAAAAUAUAUGUAUGGCCAUAAAAUAAAUCUCAAACGACUCUACCAAUGGGGGCAUUUAAGUAACCCCCCCCCCCCGUAACGCAACAUAACGUUUUUCUAUACCCCCUUCCCCCAAAUUAAGUUACGAAAUACUUGAACGCCCCCAAAUAUGGAUUUUUGUUCCGUAUUCGUUAUUGUAACUAAACGUAAGAAGGUUUGUUAUAAUCUCCACGUUUGGCAGAAGGAUUGGAGAUCGCCUCUACUACUAAUAUUACUGUAAAACGGGGUGAAUAGAAUUCGAGGGGUGAAUUGAUACAGAAGAGGGGUGAAUAACUGUUGAGAAAAUGUUCUAACAUCUAUUCACCCACAUUCUUGUGUCUAUUCACCCUUUUAAUUCUAUUCACUCCGUUUUAAUGUAUGUUCGCGCGUAACUCCUAAACCAAAUUGGAUUCUUUUCCGUAUUCCUUAUUGUUACUAAAAGCAACGGAUUUUAGUUUGUCUUGUACAGAAACUCAUACAACUGCGUCCACAGGCCCGCAUCGUACGCAUUCCGUAUACCGUCAUUAGUACGCAUCGCAUGUAAGCAUUGCCGAUGAUGCGGUCCGUACGAUGCGGAUCAGUGGACGCAGUUGUAUGAGUUCCUAUACAAGACAAACUAAAAUCCGUUGCGUGCGAUGCGUACGAUGCGGGCCUGUGGACGCUUACCUAUAAUCUCCACGCUUGGCAGAAGGAUUGGAGAUUGCUAUUACUAAGAUUACUCAAAAGAUAUUAUCGUAAUUUGCAGAUAUUUAAUGUUGUGAUUUGGAACCUAUGUACAAACAAAUGUUUUUAUGUAUAAAUAUAAAUAAGGUACUGAGGUAUAUACAGUUGUUAAGAGGGCGUUCCUGUUAACCCACAAUAGUAUAGCAUACAUACAUGCUAAAAAAUAUUACCAUUCAAAAACAAGACAAAUUAUUUUUUUUAAAUAUUGAAAUUUUACCAAAAAAUUUAAAUCGAUACGUAAAAGAAACACUCUGUUCACGCGUAGUUCAAGGAAGGCAACGUUGCAAUUUAUUGCUUAUUUUUCUAAGCUGAUAUUUUAUUUUAAUCUAUUAAUGAUAUAGAUUAACGAGUUUAAAGGAACGCCCUCUGUUAGUUAACAUACACUGUAUAGUCAUAUUUUCAAUCGAAUGUAGUAUAAUGUGUAGAUUGUAAAUUGUAAUAUAUUUUGUUAAAUAAAUUAAUACGUUUUCAA